UUGCUUGGCUCUGCCAUUGGUUCCCGUUGGAAACGACCGGCUCUAUCUUGGUUUGGUUCUCCAAAUCUUUGUUUUGGUCAUACCUGUUAUCGACAAGCGGAGACACGGGUUAGCAACGAGAGCUGAUGUUUGCUACGAAUAUAUAAACACAGCUAGCUAGCUAAAUCACCACGCAUUACUCACUUAUAAGGAUAAUUGAUCGGCACAUCAACAAAUAAGUAAAGUAUGGAUUCCGUCAACGCUUUCAACUUGGAGUUAUUCGCUAUGAUUGACAUGAAGCCUCCAAUAUCACGAGCAAAGAUGAUGUCAGUCACUAAAUCAGCAAUAAAGGCUAUCAAGCUAUACAAGCAUGUCGUCCAGAUUGUGGAGAAGUUCAUCAAGAAGUGCAAGCCAGAGCUGAAGGUUCCUGGCCUAUACGUGGUGGAUUCUAUAGUCCGACAGUCACGACACCAGUUUGGAGUGGACAAGGACGUCUAUGGACCAAGGUUCCAAAAGAACUUCGCCCCGACAUUCCAGAACCUCUACCUCUGUCCACACGAUGACAAGAGUAAGAUCAUCCGUGUUCUCAACCUGUGGCAGAAGAACGCUGUGUUUGAGAUGGAUGUCGUCCAGCCCCUGUUGGACAUGGCUACUGGCUCUUUGGUCCUUGCUCCCUCCCCCCAGGAGGACCUCCAGGCCCAGCCCCCAGUCUCCAGUGCCUCUAUUGCAGCAGCCCAGCACCAGGCCCAGCCCACAGUCUCCAUAGCAGCAGCCCAGCCCCCAGUCUCUAGUGCCUUCGUUGCAGCAGCCCAGGCCCAGCCCACAGUCUCCAGUGCCUCUAUUGCUGCAGCCCAGCUCCCUGUCUCCAUAGCAGCAGCCCAGCACCAGCCCCCUGUCUCUAUAGCAGCAGCAGCCCAGCACCUGGCCCAGCCCCCUGUCUCCAUAGCAGCAGCAGCCCAGCCCCCUGUCUCCAUAGCAGCAGCCCUGCCCCACCUCCCACCACAGCUUCGGAACCCUGAGGCUCUGGCGGCUGUGGCCCAGCUCUUCCAGUCUGGACAGGGACACGAGCUUCAGAAGAUGCUUCUGAGGCUCCAGUCAGGGCAGCAGACCACCACUCUGGUUCCCAGCACCAUGGCGGACGAGACUCAAACUACGGCUCCCAGCACCGUGUCUGACCAGACCCACUCGCAGAGGGUCCAAGGCCAGCAUAACACACACCAUCCACUGUUCAACACGCACCACACACAUCCUGCAGAGCAGAAUAACUUGCUAGCUAAGGUAAUUCAUUAUUGUACAAACUCCUGGACCGGUUUGAUUACUGACGACGAACCGGAAGAAGUGAAGAAAGAGGAAUUGGAUUCCCUUGUUCCGGGAAACGUUUAUGGUGGCCAGUUUCCUGGUCAGACGCCGCCCAACAUGGAGCUGCAAUUUCAGGGUCAUAUGAUGGGCCAGCCUGGGAGGCAGCAGACACCUGGUGAAGGAUACCCUGGUCUGAACAAGGGCUACAACCAGAGCCAGCACACUGACCAGCAGAACCCGGACCAGGGAAACCCCAGAGAGAGAGAAGAUCCGUCUGGGAGGAGGGAGGGGAGGCAGCGCGGCCACAGCAGGAGGUCACGCUCCAGGUCUGGCUCUCGAUCUCCCAGGAGAAAGAGAGCCAGGUCCAACUCUCGCUCCCGGAAGCCCCGACACUCCUCCCAGCGCUCCGGGUCCCGCUCCAGGGAGAGUCGCUGGAACUCCCCUCGCUCCCGCUCGCAGGAGAGGAAGGAGAGAGAGAAGGACAAAGACCGUAGACAGAAAGGUCUGCCCAGCAUCAAGAGCCAGACACUCAGUGUUUGCACCACGACUCUGUGGGUGGGCCAGCUGGACAAGAAGACUUCUCGGCAGGACGUCAUGUGUUUACUAGAGGAGUUUGGGCAGAUUGACUCCAUUAAUAUGAUCCCUCCUCGGGGAUGUGCCUACAUAGUGAUGGUCCACAGGCAGGAUGCCUACAGAGCUCUACACAAACUCGGCAGAGGAUCCUUCAAGGUCAACCAGAAGACCAUCAAGGUACUUGUUGAUUUAUUUAUGUACGUUAAACCAACUUUUAAAAAAAUAUUGUAUUUUUUUGUGGCCUGGCCAGUUUGUCAAAUAACAUUCUGAUUUACAAUGUAGACCUGGUAAAUAUGGGGCCUCUGGCUCUUUUUUAAAAGCAAGAUUUAAAAAAAAAAAAAAAUAAGAAGAUUGUUCCGUGUUCAAAACGGCAACCAAAACACUUCCAUUUGUGACCAUUUGACUUUGCAGUGCCAAACAUAUUUUUAUUGGUUGCUAGGCCGACCAGUGGGAAUAUCUUUGUCAGCUGGUCACGUUUUUAGUUUUUGGCUCACAAUUUGUUUAAAAAAAAUGUAUUAUCAAGAUUUAUUCAAACAGCAGUGUGUUAUGCAGACCGGCUAUUCAAAAAGUUUGUUGUUGUUGAGUCUUUGUGAUGCGUAUUUCAGUCAUCAUGCUGUGUUUGAAUUAACAUUUCUAGAGGAUUUCCCCCCCCCCAAAACCUUCCUGAUUUUAAAUGUUGACUGUAAAGUAGGCAGAAUGAUAUUAUGAUGAUUUUGAUCAAAUUGCGUGUCAUUUGUUGUUGUUGUGAUGGCAGAGUUUGCAACAUGUAGCCAACAUUGUACAGUACAAAAAAAAAACCAAUAGCUGCUAGUCUCUUGCUAGGCGAAUUAAAGGACAACUACACACCCCCUCAAAUUUUUUUUUGAUUGUUACCAGACCUCAAAAGUUGCCUCUUCUGUUGGUGUGGCCAUCGCUAGGGCAAUGGCCGGCCUGCUCGCUCUGCUGGCCAUUGGGCAGAGGCCUAAUACAAACUUAAAAUAAAUAAAAAAGUGUCUACCAUCUGCUGUGGCAGAUAAAUUCUACUGGUCAUUCAGGUUUAUUACCAGGUAAAAUAUUUUUCCCGCAUUAGUUAUACCAAAAAUCAUGAGCAUGCUUAGUAAUGUUUCUAAAACAAGGAAUGUAUUACAAUUAAGAAAACUACAUUGCUCAAUUAAAUGUAAUAUUUUUUUGUCCUGAGUCUUUAAAACCGUCCUAAAGGAUCGGACCCUUUUUUCCAAUUUUCUCCGAUAAUGACAUACCCAAAUCUAACUGCCUGUUGCUCAGGACCUGAAGCAAGGAUAUGCAUAUUCAUGAUGUAAGAGAAAGGCCAUAAUGUAUUAUUCCAUCCCAGGUGCAAUUUAGGAUUUGGCCACUAGAUGGAAGCAGUGUGUGCAACGUUUUAGACUGAUCCAAUGAACCAUUGCAUGUAUGUCCAAAAUGUUGUAUCAAGACUGCCCAAAUGUGCCUAAUUGGUUUAUUAAUACAUUUUCAAGUUCAUAAUUGUGCGCUCUCCUCAAAUAAUAGCAUUGUAUUAUUUCACUGUAAUAGCUACUGUAAAUUGGACAGUACAGUUACAUUAACAAGAAUGUAAGCUAUUAUUCUACGUUAGCUCAACAUUUUCUGCGGGAGUGACAUUGAUCCCAUAGAGGUUAUUAAACCUAAAUAUCACAGAUGAGACCAUGUUCAUUCUUCAAUUGUUCCCAUGAGAAUCUCACUAGUAGAAGGUGACAAUCCUCUCCUCUUCGCUAGUAGUGGAAGCCAACUCAAACAUUGUUAUGGUCACAAGGGAAGUGGUUUUUCAAUGUAAAUAUCCAGGAAACACAAGGAUAAGGUCUCACUUUAGUAGUUAUACCAACUUUUAUGCCUGUGCGCAUUGCUUCUAAAAAACAAAUCUUACAGCACUUCACUCACAGGCAGUGUUGCUGUGCGAGGUCGGUUAGCUAUAACGUUAGGAUUCCUAUUUCUUUGUGCAUUACCAGAUGUAUGAAACAAAAUGACAGAAAUACUUUGAAAAUAGCUACUGCAGAAUUUAUUUAGCUUUAAAUCACAGCCAAGACCAUGCAGGAGUGGCUUCGGGACAAGUCUCUGAAUGUCUGGCCCAACCAGAGCCCGGACUUGAACCUGAUCGAACAUCUCUGGAUAGACCUGAAACUAGCUGUGCAGCGACGCUCCCCAUCCAACCUGACAGAGCUUGAGAGGAUCUGCAGAGAAGAAUGGGGAGAAACUCUCCAAAUACACGUUGGCCAAGCUUGUAGCAUCAUACCCAAGAAGACUCCAGGCUGUAAUCACUGCUAAAGGUGCUUCAACAAAGUACUGAUUAAAGAGUCUGAAUACUUAUUUAAAUGUGGUAUUUUUUAUUUUAUUUGUAAUAAUGUAGCAAAAAAAAUAGUUUUUUUUUCUUUGUCAUUAUGGGAUAUUGUGUG